AAGAAACACCCGUGUGGAAUUUGCGGAAGAAGUUUUGCCCGGCCAUCGUCCUUAUCUUCGCACGUGUUAACCCACUCGGGUGAGAAGCCGUACGACUGCCCAGCUUAUAAAUGCGGAAAGUCAUUUUCUGUUCUGAGCAACAUGCGUCGCCAU